AUGUUUUACGAUCAUGUUGUAAGUGUGCUUGUGAUUCAGUUUCUCUCUUUCUCUUCAUUAUUUCUUUCAUAUUUUCGUGAUGCGCUACGCAAAUAUCCGCAUUCGGAAAUAACAAUGCGAAUUGUGCACAAUAAUAAUAAUAAUAAUAUAUAA